CUUAAAUAAAGAAAUUAGAAAUUAUCAGCGGGGAUUUCCCUGCACUGCUGCUAAUACCUUUGUUUGCUGAAAAUGGAAUUAUUUCAUGCAAAAAUAGCUCAUGUCAUUGACCCCAACAGUUUUUGGCUGCAACUAGGAACAACAAAUGACUUUGAGAAGUUCAAGAACUAUGAAGGAACUUUAGCUGACUAUUACAAUGAAACAAAAGAUGCUUAUCAAGUAAAGUUCAAUGACCUGCAGCAAGGAGAAAAAGUUUUGGUUGCUGCUGUAGAGGUUGGUGCCCUCGAGACCUCUAUCAGCUGGAGGAGAGCACAAGUUGCUAGAAUAGAGAAGGACAUGGUGGAUGUUUUCUACAUUGACUUGGGUUACACAGAAAUGGUGACAAUAGACAAAAUCUUCCACAUCAACCAGGAGCUGUUUGACCACAUGCCACGCCAGGCGAUACGAGUUGGACUUGCUGGCAUCAAACCGCUGACCAGAUCCUGGACAACACGGGCUAUCUCUCUGUUUGAGAAAGAGGUGCUGGAUAAGAAUUUGGUUGCAUCACUAAUUGAGUAUGAUGAAGUUCAAGACUUUGGCAUUGUCAUAUUGUAUGCACUGCACGAAGACAAGUGGAUAUCCUUGACCCAGAAAAUGAUAGAUGAUGAACUUGGCUUGACAAAUGGCCUGAACAUCAAACCAACGCUGAGUAAAGCUGAGGUUGAACAAGCCUUAAGGGCCAGUGAAGAGCUGCACAAACAGGCAGACAGCUCUAAAGAAUCUGGGGCCAACUACGAAGACACAGAUGACACUGACAACCAGUGUAACGACGUAGUGGACAACACUGAUACACCAUAUGAUGACAGCAGCAACGUAUCCCCAUUACAGUACCCUAGUAUUAAUGCUCUGAUACCCCCUAUAGAUGUCCCUGCAUUUGAUUUCAACACACUGAUGCAGACCAGAUCAAUUUUUUUGUCAAAGAUGCAAGAAGACAAGGAAUCUGAAUCUCGUUUGCAUCUUCAGACCAAGCUAUCACAGGAAACCAGCAGCACUGAGCUGAUGGAUCAGACCGCUGGGUUCACACAAUGGGCCCCGUCAGAUUUACUUGUGGGUCAAGCUCAUGCCUUUAACGAUGUGCAUGAGGAUAUCACUAAAGAAAUUUAUAAAUGCUGGCCAAGCCACGCCCAUGAAACAGAUGACAUAUUUCUGGGCAAAACCAAAACUUCCAAAACACCUGUAGUGCCAACCAAGAUCCCUACACAAAAGGUUACGCCUCAGCCACAGCUUGACCCACUCACAGAACAACAGCAGGCUGAGCUGCAAACUUUGAUUAUAGAGAUUCUGGUUAAAAAUAGUGAAGAGGCAAGUUUAUUGUGCUUGCUACAUGAUGUUGUUCAACCUGACACCCAGAUUCCCAUAGACAAACUGAUAGCAGUAGUUACAGCUAUGAUUGAGGCACCAGUCCUUCACAGCAGCCUUAAUCCAUCCUUGGCUUUUGAAAUUCUGGAGACUUAUUUAGUGACUGAAUCAUCACAAGCUGCUCUCAUUACUGUCCUGGACAGACUUAAAGACAAAUAUCUCAAGAAUCCAAAUGCCAAAAAAGUUUCCAAAUAUCAUGAAAGGUUUUCUCUUGUGCUAGCCACGGCAUUCCUACACGAGUGGCCAAAAAACAUUUGCCAUCAGCUAAAGAAGUAUAUACUCAUGUUGCUGGAGAGAUGGGUUGUUUUUAACAAACAGCGAGUCCAAGACUCUGCUGAAGCCAUGUUCUCUGAGCAGAUGUACUUGGAGUGUGUGGACACCGUCGUCAGCAGAAUUUACAAAGUUCUAGCAGCUGAGUUCCCUGAUAACUAUGGCAAACUUUUAGAGGAGAUGAGGUACAAGUUACUCCAUGAUGCUUCUACCAGGGGUGUCAGAGUUUUAUUACUGGAUCUGUUGCUUAAAGUCCACAUUAAAGAGGAUUCUGUGGCUCCAGUGGUGCACCAUGUCAGCACACAGACGGAGGAUAAGACAGGUACCUCCAGUAGUUACCCAAAGGUUGGCCAAGUACAGACUGUCCAAAGUUCACAGGAGCAGCCAGCCAGUACCUUAAAUGUUGAGACCUACUCUCCUAAGGUUAAAACUGUAAACAAUCCCCCAGUUGUAGACUCAACAAGUGGCAACAAGGAGGAGAAAAAGAGAAACAUUCCAAAGUCUGUGAUGAAAAUUCUCAAACAGGCUGAUGAUCCCAUUGUGAAGCUAGUCAAGGAAAAUGCUAGUGACUGGAACAUCCACGCGCCUGAAUUUGUCUGUGAUAAAACAGCAGUCUCAGCUACUGAAGCCGCUCACAGUGUAGGUAGAGUUGUCAAAUCUGAGCCUGCACCAAAGAAGAGAAUCAAAUACAGUCUUGAGGAGCUUGUCAACCUGAACCCAUAUCCUGAAGGAGGUUUAACAGUGAAGGAGCCGUAUGAGUUGUCGUACAUGUUCAGAUUGUCCGAGCCACCUGUCUCAUCUCACCAGGGGAGUGAACCCAAUAGCCAGACCCCUACUGCUGCUGAGAAACCUGACACCAGAGAUUCUCCAACUAUUACUCUUGGCCCCAAGUCCAACUUCAUCAACUGGAAGCCCCUUUCUGAUUUACUUCCAAAAAGUAAUUUAACAGCUAAGCAGCCUUCCCCCUCUAAUGCUGAUGUUUCAAAAUCAAACAGCACACUCAAAGAUUUAGCCAAAGAACUGUUGGGUACUGCUGGCCAAGGUGACAGUUUUGAUAAAACUGACUAUAAACCUGAGACUGCACAAAAGAAGAAAAAAAGCAAGUUCCAUCCCAUUGAUGAGCCAGUGAAAGCUGAAGAAGAUGCGGAUGAUCUGCUAUCUCCAGAGGCUUUACAGAUGUAUGAGGAGCUGGAAAAAGAGCAAAGAUCAAAACCUACAGGGAUUCCUAAAGUCAUCCACCCAUCAAGGCAGGGGUCUACCUCCGGCAGUACCUCCUCCAGGUCCUCGCUGUUUGCCAGUGUCAGGAACCAGCAGAAAGAACCCCAGGGGACGUGGAUGCCGCGAAGAUGGUGCACGCGCUGUGGGAGUGAGCAGCAUAUCAUCAGCGACUGCCCUGAAGAUAUCACUUAUGAAUACUCAAAGGACCCGGAUUACAAUAACAUUUACUUGUAAUUUUUGCGUGGGAGAAAUUUAAAAAAGUAAGGACAGGUAUACAGGUAGAAUUAGGCUGUUAUUUUAAUUAUUGUUAAAUAGAAAGAAAUAAAAACAUUGAACCCAAAUUUAUCCCACAGCGUAAGGCAAGUAAUUAAUUGUGGUUAAUAGUUUUAAAGUUAUAAGUGGAUACUUGUAUUAAAAGACAGGUUUAGUCAAUUAGCUAAUUGUGCUGACAGGCCAAGUUAAUUACCUGCUAAUUAAACUUGAUAGAAUGUCACCUUCACAAGCUGAUCCUAGUGGUGAGGAUAGUACUAGAGGCCAGAUCUGUGUUGGGGCAUGCAUGUAAAUAUUUUAAAUUUUUAUCACAUACACUGGUACUUUGCUAGCAUUGAACUAUUUGUGUUGCCAACAAUGCAUUUUGGGUGUACUGUGCUAACUGCCUUAGUCCAUCUUUAAUGCAUACAGACAUUUUGUUUUCUUCAAAUAUUACUUUUAUUAUGAAAAUAAUGGGAGUAUUUUUUUAAAUAAUGGGAACUAGUUAAGGACAGAUGAUUUUAGUUAUUUAUGUGCAUUUUUUAAUGUAGCUUCUAAAGCAUAGACUGUUUUUCAUUUUUGUUUUUCUUGUUGAAAGCUAUAUGAAAUUAUUAAAAAAGAAAAUCUCUUGAUAUACUCAUACUCCGUUCAUCGGACUAAUAAUCUGUUAAUAAUAAGUUAUCAGCAUUUGUAGUGUCUAAAAAUGGUUAUUGGGGUUAUAUGUCUAGUGGUAGGACUGUAAACUUAAAAUGUACUAAAUGCCGUUGGAGAGUCACCAACAUUAACAAAACAGUAUUUUCUCCAAUAAUGCGGACUACUAAAUACUCGUAUGGUCUGAUUGAUGAGGACCUAAAAUUUUGCAACAUAGUGUACCUUUAGACCAAUUGACUUCACACAAACGGUGAAGUACCAGUGCAAAUUAUCUUUAUAUUUGUAAAAAGUGUAAAAAAAAAUUGUGUUUAUUAUUUUACAAAUUGCUGUUUAAUCUUUGAGAACUAGAACGUUGCGCAUUCUAGUCGUUGCUUUGUUAAAAUUGUUUAUUUAAAGAUGAAUGAGGUGAAUAUAGUUGCACACUCUUCACUGUUG